AUGGAAAAACCGCACAACCCAAAAUCCACACACAUCGAAAAAGCCACUACCAUACCCGAAGACUUCGAUCCAGCCCUCGAUAAGCGCCUCAACCGCAAAUUCGACAUGCGCAUUCUCCCCUGGCUAUUUGGAAUAUGGCUCUUCUCCUUCAUCGACCGCAGCAACAUCGGCAACGCCCGCAUAGCCGGCCUCACCACUUCCCUCUCUAUCACAACCGGCACGCGCUUCAACAUCGCCCUGCUCGUCUUCUACAUCCCCUACAUCCUCGUCGACGUACCCUCAAACCUGCUCGUCAAGCGGCUGCGCGCCGGCAUCUACUUGCCCACCUUGAUAACCGCCUGGGGUCUGGUAUGCACGAUGACGGGGUUUGUGAAGAGCUUUGCGGGGCUUGUGGCGUGUAGGUUAUUGCUGGGACUGUUCGAGGGAGGGAUAUUGGGGGGUGUGAUUAUUUAUCUUGCUAUGUUUUAUCGGAGGGGGGAAAUGUUGCUCAGGAGUGGGUUGUUUUAUUGUGCUGCGCCGCUGUCGGGGGCGUUUGGGGGAUUACUGGCGAGUGGGUUAGCGAGGAUACGGGUGGGUGGGUAUGAGAGGUGGCCGUGGAUAUUUUUUAUUGAGGGCGCGGCAACAGUCGUCUUUGGAGUUGUGUGCUUCUUCUUCAUGCCGGAUACCCCUGCUGCAGCGCAUUUUCUCACAGAUGAAGAGAAAGAGUGGGCAUUGCGCCGUAUGCGUAUUGAUGCAGGUGGAUCUACUGAUGUUGAUGUGGACGAUGAGAAGUUUAGUUGGUACUGGGUAAAGAUGGCGCUUCUAGCUCCCCAGACAUAUCUCUCUGCUUUUAUAUGGUUCUUUCUAUUGGUCCCUUUAUACGUAAGUAUCACGGAGAAGGAUUCUGCAAUACUGAUGUACUCCCAGAGUUUCUCUUUGUUCCUCCCGAGCAUUAUAGCGGGAAUGGGAUAUCAAAGUACAACAGCACAGCUCUUUACCGUACCUCCGAACAUAGCCGCCUUUCUCACAGUCAUCGGCACAGCAUACGCUUCCGAUAAACUCAAGAACAGGGGAUACUUCAUCAUUGGGGGUUGCGUUCUGGGUAUAUGUGGGUAUAUAAUGUUGAUCGUGGCAAAGACAAAUGCAGUGCGGUAUGCCGGGACGUUUUUAGUUGCUAUUGGCGUCUUCCAGGGUUCACCUAUGCUCAUGGGCUGGGCUUCAAAUAACCUCGCUCCACACUACGUGCGAGCUGUUGGCAUUGGGCUUAUUAUCUCCAUUGCAAACUGCUCGGCAUUCAUCGGAACGUUCAUAUAUUUACAGCGCGACGCUCCGAGAUACAUUCUAGGACAUUCGAUUAGUCUCGGGGCGCUGGUGAUUACAAUCAUCUUAGCGGCUAUGCAGUGCCUGUAUCUCAGCUGGGAGAACAAAAAGCGAAGGAAUGGUGAGAGGGAUGGCAGGAUACUGCAAAGCGAUGCAGGCAGACUUGGACAUCGGCACCCGAGCUUCAGGUUUACGCUCUGA